AUUGUGUGGGCGUAAACGAUAUUGCAUUACAGUACAAUGAUUCACGCCAUCUCUCAGUCUAACAGCGACAAUGAUAUCGAGAGCAUUAAUUUUUACAUGUGUUUUUAAUUUGGCGAGGAACGAAGAUUCCCCAUUUUCUAGAAAGACUUUAGAAGAGUCAUGGGAAGAACAAUUGAUGAAGGAUUUAAAAUCAAGGGACGUAUCCCAAUAUGCUCCUAAUGUAACCACAGAUAUAAAUUUACAUUAUUUUCUAAAACAUUUCACAAUGGGUGAGGAUGAGACGACUUUCACUGCUUUUAGCUGGUUGAUUCUAUCAUGGAACGACUACAGAUUGAAAUGGAAAGAGGAGGAUUACUAUGGUAUAACUGAAGUAAUUUUUAGUCGCUUUACCAAAUUUUGGCAACCAACGUUGCUUUUGCUGAACGAAGAAGUAGAUAUGCAAGAAUAUGCUAUACCGUUUGGAAUGUGCAGGUUGAACAAGGAUGGAGAUAUUUUUUGUAUACCAAGGGUGCUCCACAAAGCGCCGUGCCACACAAAAUUGACAAACUGGCCUUAUGAUGUGCAAUCGUGUGCUGUUCAAAUGGGUCUUUUCACAAUUGCCGGAAACAUAAAUAUUGUACAAGUGAAAAAGAUUGUAACACUUUUCGGUGCAGAAUAUGGAGGUGAAUGGACUAUAGUUAAUUACACUGAACAGUAUAAGUCUGUGGUAAGUCCUGUGAGGCAUUCUGAUAUGGGAUCACAGUUAGAUGUGACAUUUUUGUUAGCAAGAGAAGGAGAAGGCUUAGGCGCCAUUGUUGUAGUGCCAACAUUUCUUUUGACAAUAUUAACACUGUGUAGCUUUCUGUUGAACGUGAAAGAUAAUUUCCGAUUAGGGAUAAUAUGUUUUAAUUUAUUGUGUCACUUUUUAUUUUUAACGGAGCUAAGCGAUUUGAUACCGAAGCAUAGUGAGGAUUCGCCAACAAUUUUGUUUUAUCUGCGUGAUUCUGUUAUGAUUAACAUUUUGCUGGUAAUAUUUACGAUGUUUUUGAUUGAAUUGCGCAAGAAAACUGUUCCGACGCCAUCUUGGAUUAGUAUUAUUAAUGGAAUUGUGUUGAAAGGUGGAGGAAGGUUUCUUAUUUGGCCGCGUUGGCGGGCUGAUCGAGAUGCGUCAGAUGAAAUUCAGGUCAUUUCAAAUCAGUGGGCAGAUUUUUCAGACAUAUUGAAUAGUUUUGGUCUCUUUCUAGUCAUACUUCUGUAUUCGUUCUACGUUUGCGCGUACAUCCCACGCCCAACAUCUAACUAUGAAUUUUGAAAAUGGUCCCAAAAUUAUAGUGCAAUUUAAUUCAGAAUUGUAAGUAGAUUUCAAUAAAUAUUUAU